AUGUUUACUUUUCUGAUCAAAAAGGAUGAGAAAGAUUCUACGUGUGUGGACGUUUUUUGGAGCUCAAUCAAGGAAAAACUCUGCGAAAACCAAAUCAAAAGCGUAGAGACCAAUUAUGACCUGACCAUAGCCACCGAGGUGACCGGACAGAUGACGAUGUAUGUGAAAUCUACCACAGGCAGAAUUGCAAAGCGUUGUUCAGACAGCGUUGAACAAAAUCCUUCGAAACGCUUAGCAAAGGACUCGACCAGUGAACCGAUAGAAGAUACUACUAAUAACCCGUUUUUGUCCUCUGACAAGGAUGAGGUUCAUGACAGCAAUGCCACUACAACGCAGACUUUGGACCCUGCAUUACAACAUUAUGCAGGUGUCGUGCAGCGAUGGAAAAUGCUGCGAGAUGACAAUAGUGCGGCACACACAGAUCCUUUUUGGUGGGGUGUCCUGGACUUGCGCAAGGAGAAUGUGGCACCUUGUCCUGAUCUGCCUCGAGCAGAAACAUUCCUGUCCGCUGAUAUCGUGCAAGAAGUCCGCGAAAUGGCCCACAGUAUCUUUAAAGAAGAAAGGGCUCGAAUAAGCCCUUCUGCUGCGGCACUCCUGGAUGCACUAGCAAUCUCAGAAGUCGGCAGCCUUAGAAUGUUAGGAAAAGAAGUUAUUGCACGCGGUCUGGGUGGUUUGUGCUUGUUGCUUGCAAAAGGGGAUCAGUUAAAUGACAAAGAGGACAGCAGUGUUGAUGGUGAUAAUGCCAUGGAGGAUUUAUUGAAAAAAGUCAAAAUGGAUGAUGAUGAAACAGGCUAUAUUGCAAGAUGUCUUAUGGAUGUUGAUAUAUGGGUUAGGGUCUAUGGUGGAUCAUCUCUGUCCGAACGCACAAUAGAUAUGCAUCUUAUUGGACCAUGUGCGAGAACACCAGGAAGCAUGUUUAUCUAUGGAGAAAAUCACUCCAAUGCAGACCGUGAAGAAAAAAUGUCCCGUCCGAAUGGUGCACGCUCUGGGAAACCGUGCGAUUUCAUAUUUAUGGUAGAAGGUGGCGUAGGGGAGAACACAGGACCAAAGUUCCGCGAUCAUCAUGACAAGGCAAAAAGUAAUUUCGUGGAUAUCAUAAAAGUGGCUCGUGCACAGCACAUCCAGCUCCAGACUGAACUUGUUCAACAAAGUGGCUUCAACCCCCUACCCCCAAUCCUUAGUAAGGCUCUUGAUGUGAUUCCAAUCUCAUUUUUCCAAAUAAUUGGGAUGCAUAUCCGAUUUUAUAUGCUACUUAAAGUCAACGGGGACAUUUUCGCAUUUUGGGAGUGGGCCUCUGAGGAUCUGACACUGAUGUAG